GUACUCUUCGCAAACCCAGUUUUCUCAAGAUGCAACAGCCAGAUCAGUCCGAACGGUACCCUGCCGCCAUUCAGAAGCUCUUCCGGCCACGGCUCCCUCUACCGUUCAUCCCACCCACCGACUAUGCCAGCAAUACUCGAAAAACUGCCUCCAUAACCCCCAUUCUGGCCUAUGCCUUACUCAUACGAAACUACGUGGACCAGGAGCUACCACAAAUCGAAGCCGAGCGCCAGUCGCCUGACAAAACACCCUUCCAGAUCCAGGCCGAGAAGACUCAGCGCCGCCGCCUCGACAUCCAGAAAUCCCGCCAGCGGCAGCUUACAGACUGGAAUAACCCCGAACUUCUUCUCCAAAACGAAAAAGACUUCAUGAAAGACCCGUACCGUACGGUGUUUGUGUCACGGUUGGACUACUCGCUCGGGGAGAUCGACGUUUCCAAGCACUUCUCCCGGUUCGGGCCCAUCGAAUCCGUCAGAAUCAUCCGAAGCUCAUCUACCGGCAAAUCUAGAGGAUACGGGUUUAUAGUGUUUGAAAAAGACACCGAUGCCAAAAGUUGCAUACGUGAGCUAGCACCAACCGGCCUUAAGAUCGGACCCGGCUCCCGUACUAUCUUGGUCGACAUGGAGCGAGGACGACUUGUGCGCAACUGGCUCCCCAGACGUCUCGGCGGUGGACUAGGAGGAAGACACUACACCAAACCCAACUCGCGGUUUUCGACCAACGCCUCAGCCGCCGCCUCGGGAAGAAAAUUGAACUUGUCCAUGAACCCUUACCAGCAGGAGUUCAAACCGAGGUCGUCUGCCCCUCCAGGCGCAUCUGCGGUCCCAUCUCAAACUGCAUUCACAUCGCAUCCAGGGUUUUCAACUACCACUACAACCAAACCACUGGCUUCCACGUCGGCGAAGGACCGCUACGGCAAGUACUCGCUGUAUGCACCGCAAUCUGCCGCCAGCUCGGCUCAGCGCUCUAGCAAAAGCAUUAGACAACCUAAAUAGACCACUUCUCUCUCAAUGCUCACGUUCCAUUUUCC